UUGAAGAAGUUGCUUUAGUUUUUUUUUUUUGGUUGUUUAGAGAGCCACAAAGGGCGAGUGAUGAGAAUCGAUUCCAAGAUCACUUGGAAGCGGGAAGGGAAGCUUUAAAUCAUUGGAGAAGUUGCUUUAGUUUGUUGAUGCUCAACCAAUUGAGAAAUUUGCUGAUUUUUUGUACUACGUAAUUUUUUGGGGUUUUAAUUUUGAAGCAUAUUUCUAAUCUUUUGGAUUUUUGGGUUGUUUUUAUCUAUUGGGUUAUUAAGGAAUUUUAAUUUGUACUUAAACCCAUUUGGAGAGUCUGAAAUCUGCAUAUUUUAUUGGAAAAUUUGUCUAUUUUGUAUAUUUGGGGGGUAUUUGACAUUUCAACUACAAUGGCAUUAGUUAGGGUAGAAGAGGUUGGUGAUGAGGUUAAUGAGAAGAUAUAUGUUGCAGUGAGCAAAAAUCAGAAAGCUUGUAUGUCGAGUCUAGAAUGGGCGGUUCGCAACUUGAAAGGAAAGAGACUAUGCUUGGUUCAUGUUCAUCAGCCUGCAAAGUUUAUGUCCAUAUUGGGUGGGAGGUUCCCUAUAAGCUCACUGUCAGAACAGGAAGUUAUGGCUCAUCAAGAACAGGAAAGACAAGAUAUGUGCAAGAUUUUAGACGAAUAUCUUCGCAUUUGUACAAAAGCUAAGGUUCAAGUAGAAAAACUGUAUAUCGAAAUGGAAACUGUAGAAAGUGGACUUGUGGAGCUCAUAUCCCGGCACAAGAUUGAGAGACUUGUCAUGGGAGCAGCAGCUAACAAAAGUUAUUCAAGAAAAAUGGUGAAACCAAAAUCCAAGAAGGCUAACUAUGUCCGCCAACAUGCACCUGCUUUCUGCCACAUCUGGUUUAUCUGCAUGGGGCAUCUAAUCUAUACAAGGGAGGGUAUUAAAAAGUCAUGUUUAAAUGAUGAAGAUCUAAAAAGGCACCAGGCAGAUUCUAAGUCAAGAUGGAGUCAGUUUACUGGUAAACUUUCUAAUUCCUUCAGCAUAGUGGAAUCUGAAGGGAGUUUUGAUCGAUCAUCAACAUUUAGUCUUUCUCAGCUAUCUGUCUUUUCCCGACCUUCUGAAGCUGCCACCAAUUCUACUUCCUAUCAUUCGGCAACAGAAGAUAUAGAGCUGUCAUUUCGGUCUUUUGUUCUUUCUCCUCUACCUGAGGGAAAUCAGCUUGAUUCAUAUUCUCCAAAGGUGCUGGAAGAGGACAUGGAAGACGCUCUUUAUGAUCAACUUGAUCAAGCCAUAGCAGAAGCUGAAACCGCUAAGGAGGAGGCUUAUAUUGAAUCAAUCAGGCGUUGUAGAGCAGAGAAAGAUGCAAUUGAAGCAAGUGGCAAGGCAAAUGCAGCAGAAAAUAUGUACUAUGAAGAGUUGAGAAGAAGGAAAGAACUUGAAGAAGAGUUGGCUAAGACUACAGAAAAACUUGAGAGUACAAAUAAGGUGCACGACAUGGCCUUAGAUAAACUACGGAAUAUAUUGGAUCAGAAUUUGUUACUAAAGAAUCGAACUGAGAAAUCUGAUGUCAUAGGAGAAGAGUUGGAAGAAAAUUUAAUUUCUGCAUUGGAGUUGUUACAGAGCAUCAAGAAGCUAAUUGUGGGGGUGAUUUUUUUUUUUUUUUUUUUUUUUUUUUUGGGUAAAUUAUUGAAAAACCCAGAAAUGGGAUCAAGCAAAGAUCUUUUAGGGGAAACAAGAAAAGGGAUGGUAAUUGAUGACAAGGUAUUUGUGGCAGUAAGCAAGGAGUUGAAGGAAAGCAAAAUUACACUGCAAUGGGCUUUGCAGAAUUCGAAUGGGGAGAAGAACAUUUGUAUAAUUUAUGUUCAUGUUCCUGCCAAUGUGAUUCCCAUGCCAAUGGGUGGGAAAUUUCCAGCUAGUCAAGUGGGAGAAAAGGAACUCAAGGCGUUUCGAGAGCAGGAAAAUAAAGAGAUGAAUAAAAUUCUGGAUGAUUAUCUACAAAUUUGUGCCAAAGUUGGGGCACAUGCCGAGAAACUACAUAUUGAAAGGGACUCCAUAGAGGAGGGAAUUGUGGAAAUCAUAUCUCAACAAAAGAUAGGGAGACUCGUCAUGGGUGCAGCAGCAGAUAGAAGAUAUUCAAGGAAAAUGGUGGAGCCUAAAUCGAAAAAGGCCAACUAUGUGCGUCAACAUGCGCCUGAUUUCUGUCACAUCAGAUUUAUAUGCAAAGGCCGUUUAAUAUGUACGAGGGAAGGUGUGAAGCAACCAAGUUUGGAUGUUGAAGGGAGAUCAUCAAAAUCCUUAGAGAAUGUUCAAAUUGAUGCAGGCAUUCUAAGUCAAAAAUUACAUUCUAGUCUAAGAAUUUCAAAUGAUGAUGGAUCUGAAGGCAGUUCUGAUAGAUAUAUUCAAACACUAAGACCCUGUUUUUCUGAGUCCUCAAUCCGAUUGCCAGGACCCAAAUCAGCUUUUAGUUCGCCUUGUUCAUCAUUCUCGAGAGAAGGAGCCCCAGAAUCUAGUCUGGAGCUGUUAGUUCUGCCUCAGACAAAGAUUGAGCGUCAGAGAUCAUCACCUCCAAGUGUAUUGCAGGAAAGCAGUAUGAAUGAUGAUCUGUAUGAUCAGCUUGUGCAAGCCAUGGAAGAGGCUGACAAUUCAAAGAGAGAAGCUUUCGAAGAAUCAAUGAGGCGUCGGAAAGCUGAGAAAGAGGCUAUAAAUGCAAUUCGCAAGGCAAAAUCUGCUGAAAGUUUGUAUUUCGAGGAAUUCAGACAAAGGAAAGAGCAAGAGGAAGAGCUGCAUAAGCGGAAAAAGGAACUUGAAUUCACAAAAAGCCAGUUAGAAAAGGUUUUGCAGGAACUCCAAGUGGCAUCGGAUCAGAGGUUAUCGCUUGAAAACCAGUAUGAGAAAUCCAAGCUCAUAGAAAAGGAGAUGGAUGAGAAAGUGUUUUCUGCAGUGGGCUUGUUACAGAAGUAUAAGGCUGAACGUGAUGAAUUGCAAGUAGAAAGGGAUCAUGCUCUCCGAGAAGCUGAAAUAUUGAGGAAACAAUUAGAUCAGGAACCAUCAAGCUCACAUGUUCCUUUUUUCUUCUCUGAAUUCUCUUUCUCAGAUCUGGAGAAAGCUACUAACAACUUUGACCCAUCCUUGAAAAUUGGGGAAGGAGGAUACGGGAGCAUAUAUAAAGGCUUUCUACGUCAAAGUCAAGUGGCAAUUAAGAUACUCAAUCCUAACAGCAUGCAGGGUCCUCAAGAAUUUGAACAAGAGGUGGAUGUUUUAAGUAAGCUUCGGCAUCCAAACCUAGUAACUCUCAUUGGUGCCUGCCAUGAAUCUUGGGCUCUUGUGUACGAGUAUCUUUCCGGGGGAAGCCUUGAGGAUAGACUCAUCUGCAAAAACAACACUCCUCCACUGCCCUGGCAAACAAGAAUUCAAAUAGCCACAGAUUUAUGCGUUGUUCUCAUCUUCCUUCAUUCAAGCCGACCUACUAGCAUUAUACAUGGAGAUAUAAAGCCUUCAAAUAUACUACUGGAUGAAAAUUUUGUGUGCAAGCUCAGUGAUUUUGGUAUAUGUUGUGUAAUCUCACAUAGAGAAACAUCGAUGGAACAAACUACAAGGUUUUGUACCUCUCAACCAAAAGGCACUUUCUCAUACAUGGACCCAGAAUUCCUCACAACCGGAGAACUUACCCCAAAGUGCGACAUAUAUUCUUUUGGGAUUAUAUUGUUGCGCUUAUUGACUGGUAGACCAGCCAUGGGGAUAACAAAGGAAGUUGAAUAUGCUUUGAAUAAUGGUAAUCUUAAUUGCUUAUUAGACCCUUCAGCUGGAGAUUGGCCUUUUGUCCAGGCUGAGCAGUUAGCUCGCAUGGCUUUGAGGUGCUGUGAAAUGAAUGGAAGGAAUCGCCCUGAUCUUGAAUCGGAUGUAUGGAGGGUUCUAGAACCCAUGAAAGCUUCAUCUCGAAGCUUAUCUAUGCCUUGGCUGGCUUCUGAUGAUCGAGCGCCUCAUUAUUUCAUAUGCCCCAUUUUUCAGGAAAUAAUGGAGGAUCCACAAAUUGCUUCAGAUGGCUUUACAUAUGAAGCGGAGGCUAUCAGAGGCUGGCUAGAUAGUGGCCAUGACACUUCACCUAUGACUAAUGCGAAACUAGCGAAACAUGAUUUUAUUCCUAAUCAUGCUCUUCGGUCUGCUAUUCAGGAAUGGAUACAAAAUCGCCGCUGUGUGUUAACCCUUUCAGUCAGUACAGGCGUUUAGAGAAAAUCUCACACUUCUUUCAGGUUUCCUAUUACUCAAAACUUUCAGCUUUGGUUAUGUUUGAUUUAGAUUAAUUGUAUAGGAUUUAUUGGUAUAUGCAACAGUAGAUUUUAGUAGGUGUACAUACAUAAAGUUGAUUUGUGCUGUGUGUUGCAGCAAUUGAGGUCUAGAAUUAUGUUAGCAUUCUCCCUUUUGUUGUCUUAGAUAUAUUACGUACGAAGUAUAUGUAAAGAGAUUUUACUUCAUUCAAUAUAUUUUAAAACUUUUUAACAUUCAAGAAUGGGCUUACCAUGAAUUUGCGGUA